AUGUUCAAUCGGAUGUUGGUGGGUCUAAUCCUGCUAUUCGCGGGUGCAGUUCACGCUCAAUUCCAGUUCUUCGACAACUUCUUCAGCGGUCACCAGGGGGGGCAGCAGGCGCAGCAACAGGGCAACUCUCCGAGUGAUUCGAACUGGUACCAGCAGAAUUGGGAUCAAGCCAAGUGCUCGAAUUACCUCUGCCCUGACACGCUAGCAUGUGUACACUUUCCGCAUCACUGUCCCUGUCCGCACGCGGCAGUUGAAGAGAAGGUUGAGCUGGGUGACGGUGUUAAGGUUUGUGCGAGCAAGGGUGGCUUCAAGCAGGGUGAGACGAACAGGAAGAUUGACCUUGCAAGGAAGGGGUUGCUCUGA